AUGGCAUUGACUGAUAACAUCCAAGUCGUCCUUCCUCCACCCAGCGAAGAGUUCUCCAAAUUCAAGCCCUUCCCUCCACUAUUCGACGCCAUCGUCGAUGAGAUCCUGUCUGAGGAGGCGAGCUUUGAUGCCCUCGGAGAUGAGGACUGGCCUAUGAACAAUGCCUGCCAGAGUGAGAAGUGUUCUACUUCAGUACCUGAGCACGUGGCCACUUCCGCCUCUGAGACGAAGAAGCAUGCCUUGAAGUCACCCUACUUCCUCACCUCCCCGGCCACCUCCAACAACGCAGAAAAGUCCCCGACAACACGGCCUCGAACACGGGCAGCAACUCGAAGAAGCAUCACAGUUGUUGAUAUGGCCAGCGAGGACGAAGAAGAAUCUGUACCGACGAUGGACAACCACCCGAAUGCGAACGGUGAUAAGGGUAGCGUGGUGGACGAGAACAGUACUGCUUCGAAGUCUGUUGAAGCCGAGAACGAAGCCGUUGAAGCUGAGAACGAAGCUGUUGAAACCGACAAUGAAGUGCCUGUAAAACCCCUCAAGAAUGACAAUGGAGAUAUUGAACCAGACGAUCUUGAAGAUGAAGCUGAGGAGGAUGUCAUCUUUGCAUCCGUGGGUCCAGUGAAGGGAGAGGAAAUCAUUCAAUAUGUCGUGACCCAUGAGUUCUUUGAGACACCAGUCCAGCCUGUGUCACGCUCUGCGAGAGUCCAGUUUACUACUGACCUGCGAGAGACGGCUAUCUCCGCAGGGAUGCCCGACGCAGCGAUCAGUGGUUUGCUCGAAUACGUGCGCCGGAUCUACUUGGAUACUGUUGGCGCUCCAGCUGGGAGUCCGGGUAAUCAGCACGAGACCACAUUCGGUGAAGAAAUCGACGACACGCUGAAAGAAGUUCCCUUGCUGAAAAAGACUCGCAAGAGGAGCCUAGACCAGACAGACGAAUCCAGCUCCAAAAAACGCAAGACUGGCAAGAGACGCUCUUCCAAAGAUUCAAGUGCCUCUGUCCAACCUGUAGUACAGGUCGAGGACAGCCAGGGUAUCAACGGCGCCGAUCCUCGAAUUCAUACUUCUUUGCAAGAGCUGCGCCAGGAAAGGAUUGGUUUCACAGAUGCUAUGGACGGCCCUGAUGAAAUACCAGAAUCGCCCACCCUCGCUGCAGAAUUCCCCACAAAGACUAAAGAACAGAUUCGCGCCGAUCAAGAAAUCAUCGAUCUCACCUGUGAGUCCGAUCAAGAACAAACCAAAUCAAAUGGGGACAAAUCCCAAGACAACGAGCCCCUACGGAGGAUGAGUGUUGCGCUUGAGGAGAGUUUGAUUAUGAGUCCACCAGUUAUUGCCGAUAACGGCAAUGCGCUUGAUGAGUCUUCGCUGGAUCUAAAUGAUCUAAAUCCUCUUGAUCAAAUGAAAAUUGAGCCGGAGACCGAGUCCGCACAAGGGGACAAGACGGAAAGACUACGGCAGGGCUCCGAAAAGAACAACACAAGGCUCUCCAUUGUUAAUCCUCAAACUAACCAGGACUCGGAAGCUCAGACGGAUUUGCAGUCUGGAGAUGUGCAUUCCGAGACAUCGAAACAAAAUAAAAGGAAAACGAUGAAGAACAAGCGCAAGAGAGAAAAGAAACGGAACAAUAAAAAAGACAAAACAUCAGAUCUGGGUAUCAAUCCGGAUGAACGAGUAGUCGCUCCUUCACGAGAGAUUACAUCGUCUCAAGCUCCAGUACCUUCGACACCGGCAUCGCAACCAGCAGUAUCCACUCCACAAAAGAUCGACUCGGUUCAAUUUCCUCUACCCUCAACACCGGCGUCAGACAGGCCAAGCAGCAGCAAGCCAGGAUCCCACUAUGGCCAAUUAUCGCCAGAUCCGAAACAGUGGGAGUUGGAUUUUUGA